AUUGUUCCCACAUAUCCCCAAAAUCGCCAGCGAAGCAUUUAGUGGAGAAUAUAUUCCGGAGAAAACACAUUUAAACGAUCAAAUAAAAAAAUAAAAAAAAAUACAAAAAGAUACAAAAAUAAAAGCCAAGCACCGUUGCUUUCUCUCCAUUAGGGAGAGAGAGAACAGAAAGCAAGCGAACAAGAAAGGGAGAGUAGGCCGCGGAGGAGGCUGAGGAUUGUAACAAAAGGAGCAGAGACGCCGUUUUGAUUCAACGUCGUCGGCGGCAUUGUUGUAAUUCUCAUGGAUCAAUAUGUUUGGGAAACGAUUUUGGCGGUGGCGUUAGGUUUUGUGGCCGUGUAUGGAAUUCUGGCCAGAAAUGCUAAUGCUCGCCGGAAAAGUUUUGGUAAAGGUGGGGCGGAGGAUAGGGAGCCUCGUGACACCGCCACCACCACCCCCAUUGAUGGUAUAUUUAGAUCCAAGAACAACGACGCCUCCGACGAUGCAGACGUCAUUAUCGUAGGCGCCGGCGUCGCUGGCGCCGCUCUCGCUCACACUCUCGGGAAGGAUGGACGUCGGGUGUAUGUAAUCGAAAGAGACUUGUCAGAGCCUGACCGGAUUGUAGGAGAGCUGCUCCAGCCGGGCGGCUAUCUCAAGUUGAUUGAACUGGGACUAGAAGAUUGUGUGGAGGGAAUUGAUGCACAGCGAGUCUUCGGAUACGCUUUAUUCAAGGAUGGUAAAAGGACUCGUGUGGCUUAUCCCUUGGAAAAAUUUGACUCUGAUGUUUCUGGCAGGAGCUUUCACAAUGGCCGUUUCAUUCAACGCAUGCGAGAGAAAGCUGCAUCUCUUCCCAAUGUUCGCUUGGAGCAAGGAACAGUGACUUCUCUUCUGGAAGAAAAAGGGGUUAUCAGAGGCGUGCAAUACAAAACAAAAUCUGGUGAAGAAUUGAUCAAGUAUGCACCUCUCACUGUUGUAUGUGACGGUUGCUUUUCAAAUUUAAGACGCUCUCUUUGUGAUCCUAAGGUAGACGUCCCUUCUUGUUUUGUUGGCUUGGUUUUGGAGAACUGCCAACUUCCUUUUGCAGAUCAUGGCCAUGUUGUUCUAGCAGACCCGUCACCUAUUUUGUUCUAUCCAAUCAGCAGCACAGAAGUUCGCUGUCUGGUUGAUGUACCUGGUCAAAAGGUACCAUCUAUUUCAAAUGGUGAAAUGGCCAAAUAUUUGAAGACAACAGUGGCUCCACAGGUCCCUCUUGAAUUGCAUGAUGCAUUUAUUGCUGCGGUUGACAAAGGAAACAUUAGGACCAUGCCCAACAGAAGUAUGCCAGCAGCUCCUCAUCCUACCCCUGGGGCUUUGCUAUUGGGAGAUGCAUUCAACAUGCGACACCCUUUGACUGGAGGAGGAAUGACAGUGGCUCUGUCUGAUAUCGUUGUACUACGUGAUCUUCUCAGACCUCUUGGCGAUCUGAAUGAUCCACCUACCCUUUGCAAGUAUCUAGAAUCAUUUUACACCUUGCGUAAGCCUGUGUCAGCCACCAUCAAUACGUUAGCUGGUGCCCUCUAUAAAGUGUUUUGUUCAUCUUCUGAUGAAGCAAGGAAAGAGAUGCGUCAGGCAUGCUUUGACUAUUUGAGCCUUGGAGGUGUUUUCUCAAAUGGACCAGUAUCUCUACUUUCUGGUCUGAACCCUCGCCCAUUAAGCUUGGUGUGCCAUUUCUUUGCGGUGGCGAUAUACGGUGUUGGCCGCUUGUUGCUGCCUUUUCCCUCACCUAAGCGCAUGUGGAUUGGAGCAAGAUUGAUAUCAAGUGCAUCGGGAAUUAUUUUCCCCAUUAUCAAGGCUGAAGGAGUGAGGCAAAUGUUCUUCCCCGUUACCGUUCCUGCAUAUUAUAGAGCACCACCUGCUAAGUGAGGUUGUCCAGCAAAUGCUAAAACACUAAACUCCUCAAUUGCAAUUAUCACAUUCAAGUUUGUGUCUGCGUUUGCAAUCCGAUGUUCAAAGUUAGUGGAAAGCGGAUGCUUUUAUAAACUGGUGUGAAUUGUGAUAUAUUUUUUGCUCCUAGGUCUUUUUGUAUCUCAUUGUAUUUGUCCUUUUUUUUCUCAACCGUCUCAAGUAAACAGAAUUUUUUUUAGUGUUUUUUGGUUCUCUUUGGCGAUUUAAUUGCUUUGUAAAUAACUGGGAUGAUGUGAGCUUCAUUCAGAUUGUAGUGUGAAGAAGUGAAAAUUUUCCGAGUCA